AUGUCCCUGGAGGCCUUCCUCGCCGACUGCCCCCCCUGCCCGCCCUCUCUGCCCGCCUCCCUGGCCGCCUUCCUCGCCAAGCACCGGUCCCCCGCCGAUGCCGCCGAUCAUGGCGAUCCCGGGUCGGCCUCGAAUCGGCUCUCCCGGCCCCUGGCGGUCGUCACGUCGGGCGGCACCACGGUGCCGCUGGAGCGGCGCUGCGUGCGAUUCAUCGACAACUUCAGCGAGGGGCGGCGCGGCGCGCUGUCCGCGGAGCGACUUCUUGCGGCGGGCUACGCGGUGGUGUUCCUGACGCGGGCGGGAUCGGCGCAGCCGUUCUCGGGCGGGAUGGAGCCCGCGGAAGCGCUGCCAGGCCUGCUGGAGUUGGCUGCAGACGGCUCUGUCCAGGUGCGCCCCUCACGCCAACCUGACCUGGGCCCCCUCCUUGCCAAGUCGGAGGGUGCGCGGCGCGCGGGCGCCCUCCUGACCCUCCCCUUCACCACGGUCUUCGACUACCUCACGUACCUUAAAGCCAUCGCAGAUGCUGUGGCCCCCUACGGACCCCAGGCUAUGUUCUACCUUGCGGCCGCGGUGAGCGAUUUCUACAUCCCAUGGGGGAGGCUGGAUGAGCACAAGAUCCAGAGCUUGGGGGGCAGGGAGGGGCUGCGGUUGGAGCUGGAGGCGGUGCCCAAGGCGCUGGGCGUGCUGCGGGCCAGCUGGGCUCCUGGCGCCUUCGUCGUUAGCUUCAAGCUGGAGACGGACGAGGGCCUGCUGAUGGCCAAGGCGGGGGCGGCAUUGGACAGGUACGAUGUCCAUGCCGUGGUGGCCAAUGUGCUCGACACAAGGAAGGACACCGUAGUGGUCGUCACAAAGGGACAGGACGGUGCGGGCCCCAAGGCCCACAGGAUAGACAGAGCUCCCCGGGAGGAGCACAUUGAGGAUCAGCUGGUGGCGACGAUCGCGCAGAUGCAUCGGGACUUUGCAGACCAGAUGCAGGACAGGUGA